CCGCCAUUCUCGAUGGACAGAUCUGUGCGCGGCUGGACGGCAGAAAAUGCCGAAUGGCCUGCCACGUUCCAAUGCGGUGAUAACAUCAAAGACCCCACGACCGACGUCUUGACCUUCCUUGCCCUCGACUUACAGACCCCAAAGCUAGAUAGCCUACAUAAGCAUCUGUGGCUAGCUAGACUCCUGCGCCUAGCCCGCCCGCCGCAUCGGCAACGCCUACUAGGGCGCACAAUUCUGAUCACAGAGAGGCUAGACGAACACCUAGUAUGGCAUGAGAAAUCGAUCUUCAUCAAACCGCUGCCUAAGUACCUCCUAAGCUACGAGUUCUAGGUGACGAGCAUCUGUCCUCACGAGGCUUUAUAUCGCAGCGCCCUAGGGCUUCUUCAAUCGUAUACCUGGCUCAUACGAUCCAAGCCCGACCUCAGGAUCGCACACGAGACUGGCCUUCUGCCGCCCGACGUCGGCUAGUCCUCGUGGACACGGCUUGUGCGAGAGGUCCUCGUAAGUCGG